AUUUCUCGAAGGUACAACGGACAAGGGGGAUGGUUAUCUAGGUGACGUAACGUUUGUUCACGUAACCUCGAGAAAGAAAGAUGGAAAAUAAAACCUUUACGACAUGGUCAUAAAAACCGGAAAACCAAUCAAAGAGCUGCGCAACAGAUUUCCCGUACGUAUGGCGUUUGAAAGGAAGGUUCACAUGUACAGUAAAGUGUUUCCCAGUUACCAGCGAUUCGUGAAAGAAAAGAACAUUGACCCGUUCGAGUUUGUAGCCGAAUGUUUCGGAACCCUGUUAAAAGAAGAAAUGGAAAUUAUAUUCCUUCAGAAUUUGAAAAAAAUUGGUUACGAACUGCACGAUCGGUUCACACCAUUUAACAUGGAUCAUCUGAAAUUAAUCCUAGAAACGUAUGGAAAAUAUAAUGCGAUUUCUUUCGCUAUGCGCGAAGAACACCCUGAGAUAUUUAAAAAGUUGUCAGAAAUGGAAUGCGUAUCGUCGGCCUUCACUGCUUCGGAGACUUUCCCGCCAAUGUUAAAGCAGGUGGAGAAACAUCUUUAUGAAAUCCUGGAAGAAAGUAACGAGCGGGAAAUGUUCAGAAAAUUCAAAGCACGAUUUACUGGGGACUUCGUGCAAACCUGGAAAAAUUUAAACAGCGCUGAAACAACACACAACAAAACACGAUGCACCUUCUUGAAUAUGUUCCGCAUUUCAAUGUUUCUGCAAAACUCUUUUCUUUUGCAGCACGCAGACGAUAUCAAAUCGUCCCCAGAGAAAGUUGCGAUGUUGGAUUUUCAAAUGUCCAAAUUGGGCAGCCCCGUCCUUGACCUUGCCUACCACAUUUGUGCCAUAAUCGGCCCAACCGGUUCAGCAAAUUUAGAAGAACUUUUGGGUAUUUACUACAGAUCCCUCUCGGGAUACUUGCGUCAAUUGGGAAGCAACCCGGACAUCGUAUUUCCCUACUCGUCUCUAGUAAAACAGUGGCAUAAAUACUCAUUGUACGGUAUUAUUUGUGUUGGUAUGAUUUUACCGAUCAUUUUGGUAGACAAAUCCGAUGCGAUGAAUGUGGAAGAUUUGGAUGAGAAUACUUUCAAGAAUUUAACAGUACAGGGGAAAUACAAAACCCAGUUAAACGAAAGGAUCAUUGCGGCUUUCAAGCUGGUUCUGGAUGAGAGCCUAGGUGACGUUUGUUGAAAAAAGCGAAGUACAUCAAGAAGCCGCUGCAACAAAUGGCUAUUGACUUCAUUAGAAGUGAAAGAAAAAUAACGUUAAAUAUAACAAAAUUACUUAUAAAUUAAAACU